CAAACGGCCUAAGCGCCCCUGGCCCUUCCUUCUCUGGUCCACCCACACCACCAACGCUCCGGCGGCUGUCUCUGCGGUCGCUGGGGGAAGACAGUUGCUAAUAAAGUCUUCUGUCUCAAAGUCGGUGGGUUUGGGCCGAGCCAAUCCUGGGCCCCUUUGCCUGACGCCUGCAGUUUCGGCUACAUCAACGAGCUUCAGGUCGUCAUGGCUUGGGACCGCCGCGGCCGGGCGAGUAUGAGGCCGCCUUUCGCUGCCCGCGCGCUCCCGUGGCUUCUUGUCUCUCCGGAGUGCGCCUCAGCCUGAGCGCAGGCCACGGGCCGCUUGGCGCCAGACCCAAUGGCCUCCGAGGCGCCAUCGUCGUCUUUGUCGCCGUCGCCACCCCCCUCACCCGAGCCUGAGCUCACCCAGUUGAGGCGGAAGGUGGAGAAGUUGGAACGCGAGCUGCGGAGCUGCAAGCGGCAGGUGCGGGAGAUCGAGAAGCUGCUGCAUCACACGGAGAGGCUGUACCAGAGCGCCGAGACCAACAACCAGGAGCUCCGCACCCAGGUAGAAGAACUCAGUAAAAUACUCCAUUGCGGGAAAAAUGAAGAUAGUAAAAAGUUUGAUGUAGAAGUACAAACAGAGAAUCACCCUCCUUGGUCAAUAUCAGAUUAUUAUUAUCAGACAUACUAUAAAGAUGUCAGUCUUCCAAAUAACUCAGUUCAGCAAGAUCAGGAUAUUGAAGCUUCUACUUUUAAUUCUAAAGACCAGUCAGAAAUAAAUGAUGGUUACACUGGUACUGAUAUAACAGAAAAUGUUAAAUGUGGACAAGAGGACUCUUUUUCCUCAAAUUUACAGGAUCCAGCAUCUGUAUUAGCAACAGAAGAUACAUCCUUAGAAGGUUCAUCAUUAGCUGAAAGCUUGAGAGCUGCAGCAGAAGCUGCUGUAUCACAGACUGGAUUCAGUUACGAUGAAAGCACUGGACUGUAUUUUGACCAUAGCACUGGUUUCUAUUAUGAUUCUGAAAAUCAACUAUAUUAUGAUCCUUCCACUGGAAUUUACUAUUACUGUGAUGUAGAAAGUGGUCGCUAUCAAUUCCAUUCUCGAGUAGAUUUGCAACCUUAUCAGACUUCUGGAACAAAGCAAAGCAGAGAUAAAAAAUUGAAGAAGAAAAGAAAGGAUCCAGAUUCUUCCACAACACAUGAGGAAAAGGAUGUGAAUUCAGAAGAUCAAAAAGCAUCCAGUGAAUACAUUAACUGCAGUGAGGGAGAAGAUUUUGCAAACAUGAAAAAGAAGAUCAAAACAGAUAUCCAUUACAAAAAUAGCCCUCCUAAAUUCACAAUCCCAAUUUCUGGAAAAACUAUAGAAUCUCCUCAUAAUGAAAAUAUCUAUAACUCAAACUCCUUUAAAGAUGAGAAAAUCAUAGAGACUGAGAGUGAGCCAGAAGAAGGUGAAAUUACAGAUUCCCAGACUGAAGACAGUUAUGAUGAAGAUAUUACCAGUGAAGACAAUGUAACUGCAGAAGAAACUGAGGAAGAAGAUGAAGAAAAAAUUUGGCCCCCAUGUAUUAGAGUAAUUGUUAUUAGAUCACCAGUGUUGCAGACAGGAUCACUUUUUAUCAUUACCGCUGUAAACCCUGCUACCAUUGGAAGAGAAAAAGAUAUGGAGCAUACUCUCCGAAUCCCUGAAGUUGGUGUCAGCAAGUUUCAUGCAGAAAUUUAUUUUGACCAUGACCUACAAAGUUAUGUCCUUGUGGAUCAAGGUAGUCAAAAUGGUACCAUUGUUAAUGGAAAACAAAUUCUUCAGCCAAAAACUAAAUGUGACCCUUAUGUACUUGAGCAUGGAGAUGAAGUAAAAAUAGGAGAGACUGUGUUAUCUUUUCACAUUCACCCAGGCAGUGAUACCUGUGAUGGUUGUGAACCGGGACAGGUUAGAGCUCACCUUCGCCUUGAUAAAAAAGAUGAAUCUUUUGUUGGUCCAACACUGAGUAAGGAGGAAAAAGAAUUGGAAAGAAGAAAAGAACUAAAGAAAAUACGAGUGAAAUAUGGUUUGCAGAAUACAGACUAUGAAGAUGAAAAGGCUCUGAAGAAUCCAAAAUAUAAAGAUAGAGCUGGAAAACGUAGGGAGCAGAUUGGAAGUGAAGGAAUUUUCCAAAGAGAUGAUGCUCCAGCAUCUGUUCAUUCUGAAAUUACUGAUAGCAACAAAGGUCGGAAGAUGUUGGAGAAAAUGGGUUGGAAAAAAGGAGAGGGCCUAGGAAAGGAUGGUGGAGGAAUGAAAACUCCGAUCCAACUUCAGCUUCGGAGAACACAUGCAGGCUUGGGGACAGGCAAACCAUCUUCAAUUGAAGAUAUUCACCUUCUCCAAAACAAGAGCAAAAAGAACUGGGAAAAAGCACGAGAGAGGUUUGCUGAAAACUUUCCAGAAACUAAACCUCAAAAAGAUGUACCAGGGACUGUGCCUUGGGUAAAAGGGACAGUAGAGUGAAAAACAUUUAAGCUCUUUUUUUUUUUUUUUUUUUUUUUAUUAAGAGUUUGGAGACUCUUAUUUUAUUACAGAACUUUACUCAGAAAGUCACUGGCACAAGAGAUCUGUGUCACACUUUACCCCUUCAUGAUUCAGAAAUGUGUAAUAAAGUAUGGUUUGUAGCUUUUAAAAGCUAUUUUUAAAAACUAAUAAACAAUGACUAUAUCAAGUCAUGCCAUGAGUGGACUAAAGUUCAUAGGGCACGGACAAGCUUAUCAAACUUUAUUUUAUCUUGUUAUUUAUAAGACCCAUAUAAGCAACUAGCCAUAUAAGCAAAAUUCAUGUAACUACGAAUGAUGUAAAUGUACAUUUGUCCUUGUCUCCAUAUAUUCAUUAUUGUAAGAUGCACAACAAAUGGAACAUCGAAAGUUGUAAGAACAAUUCAAACUAUGUGCAUCCUUAUUUAUGCCCUUUAGAACUAGAUCAAAAAAUGUUGAAAAAACAUGGUUAGAGGUGCAUAAAUUUUACUGUCCUGAAGAUUACCUAAGUAACUUUACUGAAGAACUAAUGAACAGGUGACAUGUAGAAAUUAGUCUUUCAUGAUUUUCUUCUGUGAAGAAUAUGUUGAUUUAUACUAUAUACUAAGCGUUUACAUUUGGUUUGUUUCAUAGCUGAAAUAUUUAGAUAUGAACAAUUGAAUACAGUAUUGAAAUAUUCAACGUGUUGACAUUUGUAGUUUUGAUAAAUCCCAUUGCUGGCAAUGGAGUUGUGCCAGAAAAACUGGUUUCUAGUGCAAAAGGAUUACCUAGCCAAGGCCUCAAACUCGAUAUUUAUUGAAAAUGACCUCAAAUGCAAUAAAAGUAUUAUAUCAUCAAAUAGAGUGACUCAUUGAACCAAUGAUACAAACAUAAUGGUCUGCUUUGAACUCAGGACCAGUCAGAAUUUUCCCCUUUAAAUUGGCUAAGAACAAAAGGAUAACCUCAGAAUAGGAGAGCUGCAGUGCAGCUUUCUAAAUGCAGGUGUCACUGCUUUGCCAGUUAUCACCAUUCUCUGUUCAACUUUUCUUUUCUGUCAUCUUUUUGCUAGGAAAUUAAUGCUGAAACUGGCCCCCUUUUGGCAGUGAAUAUAAGCUAUGGGUCCCCCAUCUACUAUAAAGAAAUGUCUUUAAGAUUUAGAAACAAGGAAAGGAAAAUUCUAAAAAAAAAUUAUACGGUAGGAAAGAGAAUUCAGAAAGAAGGCUACCUAAUUGGAAUUUCUAAUCUAAAUGGUACAAGGUACUUGGGGGUGGGGGAAAUAAAUGUAUUACCUACAACCCAAUGAGUUCCAAGUCCCUGUAAGAUUAACCUGGGGCAAUCAAACCUUAUGACUCCAAAUCUAGGCAAAGUGUUUUAUGUAUCUUUCUUGGUCCUUUGGAGUCUACACAUAGGUAAGCAUUGAGCUUGGAGGCAGCAGGCGUAUCCUGCAUCAUUUCCUUUAGAAUAGAUUAUUCUCUUAAAUGUUGUUUUGAUACUGGUGCCUUGAACAUAGGUAACAAUAUAGGACCCCUAAAGUGAACUUGGUUUCUGGGUAAAUAAGAUUCAUUGGAUUAGUAAAUGACUAUAUAAUAUUUCCAGUUCUGUUAUUAGAUUAUGGGAAACUUUUCUCAUUUCUGUUUUGUUAAGGAAAUAGAGACGUGAAAAUGGUGAUAGAACUAAAAUAUGUGUGAUAUUUACAUUAUUAAAACCCUUUGCAGAUCUAAAGUCUCAGGGCCAUAUUAUAUAAUGGUUCAAACAUUGAAUAAUGUCUGGGUCUAUUUCCAUCUGUGAAAUAAGACUUUCACAUAUCUGUGUUAAAAAUGAGGAAAUGUAUAUAAAAAACAUUUUGUAAACUGUAAAAAUGUAAUACACAUGUGAGAUUCUAUUUGUUUAGAAGCACAGGUAUAAUUAUGUGCAAUUUGGACUAUACAUAAAACUGUUUUGUGUCUAAUAUUUCAAAUUACAGUUUUCUCACACAGUUUAAAUGUAUUAAGUUUUCAUGUGUUUAAGUGAACUACAAGUUGCUGAAUUUCAAGAAAUCUAACAUCUUAUAUUUUGCUAGAACAUGAGAAGCUGGUAAAAUUGAGAACAUAAGAAACUAUUAACCUCAGAAUGUGAAA